AUGGAGGCGCGAGGGCGCCAGCUCCGGGAACAGCUCUUCGGCGCCGAGGGGCAGCAGGGUUACGCCAGCGCGCUAGAGGACCUUGCGCCGGACCUGCGGGUUCUCACCUACCAGUACGGGUUUGGGGAGAUAUUCUUCCGCCCUGGACUGGACCUGAAAUCCCGGGUGGUGUGCACCACGGCCGCGCUGGCGGCGCUGAAGGCCGAUGCCCAGUUGCGUAACUUCCUGCGUGCCGGACCUCGGGUGGGCUUCUCCAAGCAGGAAAUAGUGGAGGUGCUGAUCCAGACCGGAGGAUACGCGGGCUAUCCGGCGGCGUUGAACGCCAUCUCCAUAGCGGCCGAGGCCUGGAGUUGA